GCAAUUUGGAAAACACAGCUGCUCAUGGCACCGGCUUUAACAAGUGAAAGAAAAAGAGGCAGCCUCCAUGCAACUCAGGCAGGGGAAGCGAACAGCACGAAUCCUUACCUUGACAUAAGUUACAAAACUAAACCAAAGAGGGGGGUUGGAGAUCAUCAAGACUGGACCUUCCCUCAUUUCAUCUACUUCUCGGGGAAGCAAGUGUAAUUGAUUUCCAAAACAAACACAUGCUACAGUAAGGAUGUGAGGAGGGAGAGACAGGGCUGGGUGGCUUUUCGUUUCUUCAAGAUAUUACUCUCCCAGCUCUGUCGUUCUAAAACCCUGCAGCUUAUUGUGUGAGAUCGGAUGGGGUAAUAUCUGCGAGGGAUUUACUCAUUCUUCUUCACCUAGAAGAAAAUGCCUGUAAUGAAAGGCUUGUUAGCGCCCCAGAAUACUUUUUUGGACACCAUAGCAACCCGCUUUGAUGGGACUCACAGUAACUUUCUGCUGGCUAACGGCCAGGUGCACCGCGGCUUCCCCAUCGUGUACUGCUCGGAUGGCUUCUGUGACCUCACGGGGUUUGUGCGCACGGAGGUCAUGCAGAAGAACUGCACCUGUCGCUUCCUCUACGGGCCGGAGACCAGCGAGCUCGUCUCCCAGAUGAUCGAGAAGGCUCUGGAGGGGCGGCAGGAGUACCAGGCUGAGGUGCGUUUCUACAAGAAGAACGGGGCUCCCUUCUGGUGUUUGCUUGACAUCAUUCCCAUUAAAAAUGAAAAAGGAGAAGUGGUCCUCUUCCUGUUUUCCUUCAAAGAUAUCACAGAGAGCCGAGGGAAACCCAGCCACAGCGGCAGAAAGGAUGAAGAGAAACGCAGGAGUAAAAAAAAUGGAAAUUCCCAUUUGACGGCAGCACGGAGGCGAGGCCGAACAGUCCUGUAUCACCUGACCAGUCAGUUCACAAAGAAGAACAAGAGCGACGUCAAACUGAACAACGCAGUGUUUGAGAACAAGCCCUCCAUCCCAGAGUACAAGGUGGCAGCCGUGCAGAAGUCCCGCUUCAUCCUCCUCCACUACAGCAUCUUCAAGGCGCUGUGGGACUGGCUGAUCCUGCUGGCCACCUUCUACGUGGCGGUCACCGUCCCCUACAACGUCUGCUUCACCGCCUACAAUGACUGUGACACGGCCUCCCGGAGCACCAUCGUCACUGACAUCGCUGUGGAAAUGCUCUUCAUCCUUGAUAUAAUUCUGAACUUCCGGACAACCUACGUGAGUCAGUCUGGUCAAGUGGUCUAUGACCCUCGGUCCAUCUGUAUCCACUACGCGGCCACGUGGUUUUUCGUGGAUCUCAUAGCCGCCUUGCCCUUCGACCUUCUUUACGCUUUUAACAUCACCGUGACCACCCUUGUUCACCUGCUGAAGACGGUCCGUCUGCUGCGUCUCCUGAGGCUGCUCCAGAAGCUGGACCGCUACUCCCAGUACAGCGCCAUGGUGCUCACCCUGCUCAUGUCCAUGUUCGCCCUGCUGGCUCACUGGAUGGCGUGCAUCUGGUACGUGAUUGGACGAAAGGAGAUGGAGAACCAUGACCCAGCCACCUGGGAGAUUGGUUGGCUUCAUGAACUGGGGAAGCGUCUUGAAUCUCCCUACACCAAUAACUCGCUGAUGGGCGGCCCAUCCAUUCGGAGCGCUUACAUCGCCUCUCUCUACUUCACCCUCAGCAGUCUCACCAGCGUGGGCUUCGGGAACGUCUGUGCAAACACAGACGCAGAGAAGAUCUUCUCCAUCUGCACUAUGCUCAUAGGAGCUCUGAUGCACGCCGUGGUCUUUGGGAACGUGACCGCGAUUAUCCAGCGCAUGUACUCCCGCCGCUCGCUGUAUCACACGCGCAUGAAGGACCUGAAAGACUUCAUCAGGGUCCACCGUCUGCCACAGCAGCUCAAACAGAGGAUGCUGGAGUACUUCCAGACCACCUGGUCUGUCAACAACGGCAUUGAUGCCAAUGAGCUCUUGCAUGACUUCCCAGACGAGCUGCGCGCAGACAUCGCCAUGCACCUGAACAAAGACAUCCUGCAGCUGCCUUUGUUUGAGUCGGCGAGCCGAGGCUGCCUGCGCUCCCUCUCCCUGCACAUCAAGACCUCGUUCUGCGCACCCGGGGAGUAUCUCAUCCGGCAAGGCGACGCUUUGCAGGCCAACUACUUUGUGUGCUCCGGCUCUCUGGAAGUGCUCAAGGACAACAUGGUCUUAGCCAUUCUCGGCAAAGGUGAUCUGAUUGGCGCGGAUCUGCCCUGUAAGGAGCAGGUGAUCAAGACCAACGCAGACGUCAAGGCGCUUACCUACUGCGACCUGCAGUACAUCAGCGUGCGGGCGCUGAGAGAGGUGCUGGAGCUGUACCCUGAGUAUGCCAGCAAGUUCACCGGAGACAUCCAUCAUAACCUGACAUAUAACCUGCGGGAGGGCAGCGAGGCUGAGGGCCUGUCGCGAUUCUGCAGAUCCCCACAACCUUCCCAGGGCCUGUCGCGAUUCUGCAGAUCCCCACGACCUUCCCAGGGCCUGUCGCGAUUCUGCAGAUCCCCACGACCUUCCCAGGGCCUGUCGCGAUUCUGCAGAUCCCCACGACCUUCCCAGCCUCAAAUGGACAGCAGCGUCACCCCUGAUAAGAAGCUGCCGUUGAUCGUUGAGGACGGUGAUGAGCCGGAGGAGUCCUUCCACCUCUCUCCGGCCACCAGGGGCCGCAGGAAGCUGACUCUGCCCAGCCUGAACAGUCCGGCGCGGCGCGGCUCGCUGGGGAACCUGCUGGGGGACGAGCUGCGGCAGUUCUCAGUGCUGAGCCGCACCUGCAGGUCUCCGGUGAGGGGAAGCAGGGGGAGGAGCCCCUCCCCUCAGUACACCAAGGAAGAGCGAGAGAGUCUGAACAACGAGGCCGUCUGCAACGGCCGCAGGCCCACCAAGCUCCUGAUCCCUUCCCUCAACUGUUUUGGCCCGCCGGACCUCAGCCCCAGGGUGGUUGAUGGAAUUGAAGAUAACGGACGAACAUCAGAGAUGCAUGCCUUUCACUUUAAUGUUGAUCAGUAUGGGUCGAAAGACAACUCAGACAGCUUUGCCAAAGAUGCAAACCAGGUGAACACUGCCUUACUGCUGGAGACGGAGGAAGUGAGGCAAAGCAUCUGCAAGCUUAGCCAGGAGAUGAGCAACCUGAAUCAAGAGGUUUCUCAGCUCACCAAGGAGCUUCAUCACAUGAUGCAUCUCCUCCAAGCCCAGUUCACUGUCCAGCACUACACCUCCAGCCUCCCCUCCUACCCAUACGGAGUUCAGAUGGUCCACUCCCCGCCCGCCAACAACAGCAGCGGAGGUGCCAGCGAGUGGCAGCAAAGAGUCUCUCACACAGUGCCACCUGGGCUGCAUGUGCAGCACGACCCUCCCAAUCUAAACCCAGCAAGCCAAGGCAGUGGAGGCCUGUGGACUUGCAGCAGUGCACCCGGUGCUGCAAACCCCAGCCGACGAUCUACCAUGGGCGGCCAGCAGCUGAAAGAGAUGGACAACUUCCAUCCAGCGGUGGACCAUUUCCACUCCCCACCCAGCCCCAGGGCUAACUAUUACCACACUCCCUGCUUCGGAGCUACCGGGAGGACCAUCAACCCAAGGGUCGAGGUGAAGCAGAACGUGUGCCAGCCCAACGGAGGUUCUCCAAACUCUCCUUUCGUGGCAACGCAAGCACGGACCUGUUCAUCUUUACUGAGCCCUGUUCCCACAUUUUCCAUAUUUGCUCCUCUUCCUCCUCCUCCAGUUUAUAGCAGCUCUUCUUCUAACAGCGGACAAACUCUGUCCUCUUCUAUAAACCUCAGCAAAUCCCAUCCCACCUUGUGUCAGCAGGAAACCACCAGUUCUGAGCACCCUUACUCCAAAUCAAGCAACCCAACCGCGGCGCAAUCAACACUGGCCACCCCGAACUGUGCUCAUUAUUAUGCCUCGGGAUCUCUGAAUCACCUGUACACCAACGCGAAGCAAAACCAGUUCCCAUGCAUCUCCCUAAGCCUGAGGCAAAAUGACUUAGUGGGCUCCAGCCCCACGCACUCACUGACCAGCAUCGUUGACACCAAUCUUUCGGAAGUCCUACCACCCAGUCCAUCCGCCUCAGGCACUCGUUCAGCCGGAAGGAACCCCUCUUCCUCUUCUCAGGAUUCUUUUGAAAACUCUGGCCAGCUUCUUUUGGGAACAGCCAGCCCAGACCACCUGGGUAUAGAACCACUGGUGAUCAAACCAGAUUCUGCAGACAGGCUGCUUAUGUUGAACCCGCCGGACCUGAUUGAGGACAGCGAGGUGUCACAGUCCAGGAGAUCCAGCACAGCAACCCAAACCCUGGAUGCUGAAGUCUUCUGGAGUCUAGAGAUGAUGGAUUGAGUUACAGUGGUAUUAGUAUUCAUAGACCCUUCUAUAAACUCAGUGGACCAGAAUGUGCAGCUCUCUCUGAAAACCAAUACUACACCUUAACCAGUUUUGUACAUCUGCUUUUUUUCUACCUUUAGUCUUUAACAAAGUCAUACAGUUUAUGCCUGUACCUCAUUCUCUUAUCUUUUAUACAGAUGUGGGGCUAAAUUCAUUGCUGAGAAUGCAUGGAAAGUUUAUUCUUUAUUCUUGAAAUUAGUUUUCAAGUAACAGUAUAGCAUAAGAACAAUGAACCUGAUUUAUUUAUUUUUUCUACAGAACAUGUUAUGGGCGUGAGCCUUUGCAUGAUUUAGCCAUUUUUACAGAUAAACUCGGCUUCUAUGUUAAUAUCAAGUCAGAGCACCUUCGUAUAGAUAAUCGUAAUACUAGUCUAGUUUCCUUUGGUUUUCCAGUCUUUUUUCUAUUUCUCUUUUGGGGCACAUGAAAAAGUGUCCUCAUUGUGCCCUGGUGUUGGGCUUGAGAAUUCUGUAGCUGUCAUAGAGUUCUGCAAGAAUGCACUGGAAUUCCCGAAGGAGUAGCAGCUUCCCAUGUCUAUGUAUGAAGGGCUGAAGUAAAUCAUUUUCUGGACCGUGUGUGCAUGCAGAACGUAUUUGCUUCAUCUUUUAUCUUUGUUUGCAUUUUUGUACCUCCAUCCAACUCCUAUAUAUAGUACCACUAAAGUGAAUGAAUCUGUUAUUGUAUGAUUGUCUAAAGGAACAAUUAGCAGCAAAUGGCUGCUGUGUUUCAAAGCAGAACAUUGCGCAAUUAAAAUGUUUGAACACCCCUGCAGUUGCAAUGCAGAGUCGGUUGCUAUAGAAACUAACAAUAAUAACUGGUGAACCCAACCCUGGUCCUGGAGAGACCCAAUCCUGCAAGUCUUAUGUCAACUGCAAAUUUUGUGAGAUAUGUUCUGUUUUGUUCUGCUGCUAUCAAGCAAAAAGGAAACUUUCUGUCCCCCUGCGCAUAUGCACACACACACACAUAUAUAUAUAUGUAUGUGUUUGUAUUUGAAAAAUUGAAACAAUUGUUACUUUCUGUGCUACAUAUAUAAAAAAAAACAAAAGAAAAUCAACUGUUUUAUUGCUAUCAGUGCUGAUGCUUAUUUUUGGAACAGGACUGGCAGUUUUACCUGCACUGACAGACCAUGCAUUGCCAUGUUUCGGUAAGCAGCAUUUAUAAGCAGCAUAUAUAGACUGAAGACUGUUUAUUAAACAAAGCAUUUCAUAGCAAAUCUAAUGUGGUUUGAUGCUAGCAUGCGAGAACCAGGUUGUAUUGAUGAUGUAUACUUCUUAUACACAUAAAACAAUACCUGCCUGCCUCUCUCUCUCUCUCUCUCUCUCUCUCUCUCUCUCAUAUAUAUA